AUGAUUUACUCUGUUUGGAAUGUCAGGGGCCUGAAUGACCCUUGCAAAGUUGCCUCUGUAAAGAGGUUGCUUCAUUCUCAUUCAUUUGAUGUUGUUGGUUUGCUUGAAACAAAAAUCAAAUUGAAAAAUGUCCUCACUUAUCAGAGGAAGUUUGGCUCUUCUUGGCUCUGGUUGUGUAAUUAUGACUAUUCUCCCAAAGGAAGGAUUUGGCUUGGUUGGAAUGCGGAUAGAGUAAUUGUUAAUGUCUUGAAGGUUCAUGAACAGUUCAUUCAUUGUAGUGUUUCUUCUAAGGACCUCUCUACUCAGAUUCAUCUCACUGUUGUUUAUGGGCUUCACUCCAUUCAUGAUAGGCUUCCUUUAUGGGAGGGUCUUAGAAGCAUCUCUAUUCAGCAUUCUCCUUGGCUUUGUGUUGGUGACUAUAACUCUGUUCUUCAUACCUCGGAUAGGCUUUAUGGUACUGAUGUUACUGAUUAUGAGACUAGAGACUUUCAAAGCCUGGUUGAUGAUUUGGACCUCACUGAGAUUAAAAGCAAAGGGGCCUUCUACUCUUGGUCUAAUAAGGCUCAUACUGGCCCUAGAACUCUCUCUAGAAUUGACAGAGUUUUUAGUAACCAAGCUUGGUUAGCCUCUCAUGGGCAUGUGGAGACUGUCUAUCUCCCUCCUUCCUUAUCUGAUCAUAGUCCUGUUCUUUUGGAUAUUUGUUCUGCCCCUGCGGGGAAAGGUAGACCUUUCAGAUUUCUAAACUGUAUUGCUAAUCACCCUAAUUUCCUUGAUACUGUUUCGCAGGCUUGGGGUUCUGGUAAUUCUGUUUGGCAUAAGCUUAAUUCUGUGAAGUCUUAUAUUAAGUCCCUUAAUAGCAAGCAGUUUGGUAACAUUGAGGAAAAGAUUGAUCAGGCUAAUGUUGAGCUUUCUAGAAUUCAAACCUUAAUGGCACAGAAUCCUGAUGAUUUGGAUUUAUAUACUAAAGAAUCUGAUGCUAUUAAGGUUGUCAAACAUUGGAAUGAUAUCUAG